AUGGCUCCUCAAUCCUCCACGGCAGUCGAUAGGAAAUCAGACGAACUCAUCGGCAUUACUGUCUCCAAAAUCGAAAACUUUCCACAAUGGUACCAAGAAGUUGUCAUCAAGGCUGAAAUGGUCGAGUACUAUGGAGAAGUGGCCGGCCUCUUUGUCCUUCGCCCCAUGACUAUGUUUAUCUGGAGCGAGAUGCGCAAAUGGUUCCAGAAACAUCUGGACGAGAUGGGUAUCGGGGAAGCGAGCUUUCCUCUCUUUCUUUCGUCCAAGUCACUCGCGAAAGAACAAGACCAUAUCGAAGGGUUUGCUCCUGAACUUGCCUGGGUUACCAAGGCCGGCGAUAAGAAUCUCGAUGUGCCCGUGGCCAUUCGACCGACGUCCGAAGCGAUCAUGUAUCCCUACUACAGCAAGUGGAUCCGAAGUCAUCGAGAUCUCCCCCUGAGACUGAACCAGUGGAAUUCUGUUGUUCGGUGGGAAACCAAACAGACCACGCCGUUUCUGCGGACAAGGGAGUUUCUUUGGCAAGAGGGCCACACGGCUCACCUGACAGAGGAAGAAGCCGGGAAAGAGGUCCUUGAGAUCUUGGAGCUGUACGCAAAGAUCUAUGAAGAUUUGCUCGCGGUGCCUGUUGUCCGAGGUCGCAAGACAGAAAACGAGCGGUUUGCGGGCGGUUACUAUACCAUGACACUUGAGGGGUACAUCCCAUCGAAUGGACGAGGAAUACAAGGUGCAACUUCGCAUUGUCUUGGUCAGAAUUUCAGCAAAAUGUUUGACAUUGCUGUUCAAGAUCCAGCGGGCGAGGGACACGUUCACGUGUGGCAGAACUCGUGGGCAUUUUCUACGCGCGUCAUCGGCGUUAUGGUCAUGAUCCAUGGCGAUGACAAGGGCUUAGUGCUGCCGCCGCGUGUGGCCAAGAUACAGGUUGUCAUUGUCCCUGUUGGGAUUAGCAAGAAGACGACGGCCGAGGAGAAGGAUCAGCUGUUGGACCAAGCGGACGAGAUACGGGCGACGUUGAAGAAGGAUGCCCAUUUGCGGGUUGAUGUUGACGCGCGAGAGGGGUAUACGCCUGCGUGGAAGUUUAACGACUGGGAACUCAAAGGAGUUCCGCUGAGGUUGGAAUUCGGGCCUAAAGAUGCUAUGAAGGGCGUGGUGAGUUAUACACAGAGGUAUAACAACGAAAAGGGAACGAUUCCGAUCACCGAAAUUACGACCACGGUUCCCAAGAUGUUGGAGGAGAUACAGAAGGGCAUGUACAGCCGGGCUGAUGCUACGUUCAAAGAGCACCGACGAGUUGUUACGGCCUGGGACGAUGUGAUGGGGGCUUUGGAUAAUAAGGAUCUGGUGUUGAUCCCGUUUUGUCUGGAUGGAAAAUGCGAGGAUCAGAUCAAGGAGUUGACUACAAAGGUUGAGGAGGAGCAGGGUGCGCCUUCGAUGGGGAUGAAGAGCCUGUGCAUCCCGUUCGAGCAGCCUAGUGCUCUCGAAGAGGGGACCAAGUGCUUGAACCCCGAGUGCGAGAGGCUGGCAAAGCAGUGGACAAUGUACGUGCAGAAGCUUCUUGAUAAGAUAAAGAGCCAGGAGGAGCAGCUCAAGGAACGGGCCGGAUCGAGGUCUACUGUAGACCCAAGUUCAGAGCUGAGUCCCGGUAAUGGCGAUGUUGUCUCUGAUGCAGGUUCCGAGCAGAAUCAGUUGGACGAGCUGCCCUUGAGCCCAGCUACGGAGCUCGCAUCUGGGCCAGCCUUUGAAUCAAGGGUGCGGUCAAUAUUGCGUGAUCACGUCGACAACAACAGCCUCAAUCUCCAAACAUCUCCCGAGAGCUCUGCAUUCGUUUCUUCAGCCAUCGAAGAAGAGCCUCAUGACCAUUGGAGGAAUGCACUCACGCUGGUCGACGGUAUUCCCUCACCAACUCUGUUGUCCAAGCAAGAAUCUCGUCGACUGUUUGAGAGGUUCUCCUCCCUAAUGGGUAUCAAUCAGCACUUUCUCGACCCGAGAACAUUUUCAGAUUCCAUGGAUUUGCUCUACCAGAAUGAAACCUCGCGCAUAAGGCAGAUGCAGACAAUGUGGUACACCGAGUACCUCUUGGUCAUGGCCAUGGGCAUGCUCAUCGGUUCACCUAGUGAAGGAUCAGCAAACCCUCCUGGGAAUUCGUUCUUUGCUGAGGCGAUUCAUCGACUUCCGCCGAUGCACAAGCUGGGCUCUCACGGGAUUUUGUCUGUUGAGAUUUUGUGCUUGGCUAGUCUUUAUCUACAAUGGUGCGAUCGUAAAUACGACGCGUACCUUUAUAUCGGUAGUGCCGUUCGUCUUGCCAUUGCCUUGGGCUGUUCUCUGCCUCACGACGAGCAACAAGGACUCUCUUCAGAGAUCACCCACCGUGUGAGAGUAUGGUGGACAGCAUAUAUGCUGGACCGCCGUCUUUCGGCAGGCCUUGGUCUUCCAACAGGGACCGAUGACCGUCAACUCCGGUCAGAGAUGCCCCGCCCAGCUGCCGGCUUCCAAAACCCUCUGCCCAUGAUCAUCAACAUCAAGAUAGCGCAAGUGACGGGCAAGAUCACCACAUCUUUCUACGGCAAUGCUGCUCUCACACGCACUGAGCUCGUGAAAAAGAUACAAGAGACGCUACAGACUUUACAUGACAUAGGACGCUCAAUACCGAGUGCUCUGUCUAUAGAUUUUACUGAUUCUUCGUCAACAAUUGCGAGAACAAGCGCAUCUUUGUACCUGAUGCUAUUCCUGGCCAUCAUACUGUGCAUCCGGCCAAUAUUACUGCAGAGAGUCAAGGAGAAGGUGCAGGCAUCAAAAGAUAAUAGUCCACGGGCACCUGUAUCUCCAGCUAUAAGCCGUCUGUGUCAGACAUGUCAAGAGGCCGCCAUCAAGACGAUCCGGAUACUCUCCGCCCUACGCGAGGAUAAAAGUAUUGCAUUGUUUGGCUACUUCGAUCUCGAUGCUACCUUUUCGGCGGCGUUUGUGCUGACCAUGAUGGGCUUCGUCGAGGGAGACCUCCAAGAACCACCAGAAGGUCUCAAGCAAGCGGCAGAGAUUCUCAAGUACUUGUCCAACGCCGGAAAUUCAGCAGCUCAGCGACGCUUGAACGAUCUGAAGCAGUUCUGCCUUCACGUCUGGUCACCGACCAACAUGACAGACGACUGGUCCUGGCUCAAGGAGGGAAGCGUAUCCAGUCUCGAUAAUUCACCCGCAAACCGCCAGAACUUUUCCGGAGAUGGUGGUGGCAACCCGAACUUGCAGGCAGACGCCAUGACGACUUGGGGACCGGCCGCGUGGAUAUCGUGGCAGUCUACGGCGACGGGUGGCGAGGACGCGGUGCAUCUUGACUUUAGCGCGUCUGAGAACUUUCAGAUGGAUCUGAGUCAUGAGGCUGGUGACAUUUACUCUAGUUUCAACGAUCCGACGCUGCCGUUGACGGGCGUGGAUGAUGUGGAUUGGGCAGAGGUUGGCAAGAUGUUUCACAUGAGGAAUAUUUAG